AUGAUUUCGCAGUACUCGGUUGACAGAACAGCAAAAGGAGCGGCAGGUAUUCCCGCAACGACCUUCAUCGACAAGAAGCCGAAGUGCGCGAGAAAGGACGAAGAAAGAGGCAAAGAAAAACAGCAGAAGAUCUUGAAGCCGCGAGAGGAAAAUGACUUUACAUCGGACGGUGAAGAAAGUGGCGGCGCAGGAGGCGCCGGUGACGAAGCUGUGGAUCUCACCGCAGUCAGGUCUCAUCAGGGCGAUGAAGACGAGAAGGAUCAGGAUGAUCCUUUGGAGGAGGACGAAGAGGAAGGUGUGGACGAGCAAGACGAGCAGGAGGAUGACGAAGAAGGUUCGCGUAAACAAAUGCGUCACCGUCAAGACGCGGAGAACAACAAUAAUUUCGUGGAAAGCAGCACAGCUGCUGGACUUUUCCCGCCCGCUGGAACUAGUCAUGUCACUUUGGAAGCUCUUCAAAACACAAAAGUGGCAGUCGCUCAAUUUGCAGCGACAGCCCUUGCCGGUGGCGCUGAUAGUGAGGCAGCUUUGCAAGAUUUGGCGUUAUUGCAAAGCACCUUGUACACCCUUCAACAUCAGCAAGUGUUCCAGUUACAGUUGAUCAGCCAACUUCAACAACAACUGUCCAUUACGCACAACCAAACAGUGCAACAACAAACCACGGGUGAGCCGUCGGAUAACAAAGAAGUUUCUUCGUCUCCUAUUAUCCAACCCAAACCUCUAUCAAGCUUAACAUCGCCUCCGUCGUCACGUCCACCGAGCCAUCAGCAAGCCUCGCCAGCUCCCAUGACGCCGAUUCUAUCCCAGGAACGGCCGACUCCAACCAGCAGCGCAUCUCCUUUGAAUCUUCCAUUACCGUCGUCGAACGCCACGGGUACAACUGCUACUACCAGCAGUAGCCAGGUGCCCAUGUCUCAUCAAAUGCCACCGCUCUGCUCUAUCAGUUCUUCGCUUGCUUCGUCGAUAAUAACUAAUACCGAUCCGCCGCCGUUACACGAGCCGAAUACUUUGGAGAUGCUGCAGAAGAGAGCUCAAGAGGUACUCGACAACGCCAGUCAAGGUUUGCUGGCGAACAAUCUGGCCGACGAACUUGCGUUUAGAGGUGGAAAAGGUUCCCGUCCUUCCCCGUACGAUUCAAAGUCUGGUAGCGGUCGCGGGGAGCCGUUCUUCAAGCAUCGAUGCCGUUACUGCGGCAAGGUGUUCGGCAGCGAUUCAGCACUUCAGAUCCACAUACGAUCGCACACAGGUGAGCGACCCUUUAAAUGCAACGUCUGCGGCAGCCGCUUCACCACGAAAGGGAACUUGAAGGUCCACUUCCAGAGGCAUACGGCCAAGUUUCCACAUGUUAAGAUGAACCCGAAUCCCGUUCCGGAACACCUGGACAAAUACCACCCACCCCUGCUACAGCAGAUUGCCUCUGGUCAGAGACCAAUGCCGUCCCCACCGCCGCCACCACCUUCUCAUCACCCCUCUUUUCAUCCGGCGGCGGCACACGGUUUUUUACCUCCUCAGCCACCCCUGCCACUCGGUUUAGCCCUGCCCGGUAUGCCACCCUUGUACAGAUCGCCGGUUGUCGCUCAUCGAGACGAUCAAGACGUGCCGGAAAACUUGAGUAAGCCCAUAACCACUGCCCCUACCACGUCUCCACAUUCCCCCGCGAUUGUGUCGAACUCUCGUCAUUCCUUUCACGACAAUCACCAACAACAAAAACAACAGCUCGAGCAGAGGGAUGAGAUCAAACUCGAGCAGCGGUCACCUAUGCAGGAGCAGUAUCAGCAACGGCCCACCAGCCAGGAAGCCGCUGAGAGGAUAACUCCGAAGAAGGAACCAGAGGAGACUGAGGAGCCUACGGAAGAAGAGAGCGAGGAUUUCGAAGAAACGUCCAGACGGUAUUUGAACUCGCCUCAGUCCUCCGUCAAUCCAUUGUCUCAUCCACAAACGUACGAAGACUGCAGUAUGGACAGUAAAAUUAGCGGGCGAUUAGAAGCAGACGGUGACAUGGAAGUCGACGAGGAGAUCGAAGAACAGCCUGAAAAUCUAUCCGGUCGAGGAGUCAUAAACCGUUUACCUCAGCAGAUCGUUGCUUAUCCUGGAGCAUCUCCCGCCAGUAGUAGCGCGAGCAGCGGAAGUCUUCAAACGUCGUUCGCGGGUAUUCUUUUCCCGGGACCACCCGCGCAUCAUCAAAUACCUCACCAUGCCGCGCCAACAGUUGUAAACACGCCUGCGGUUUCGACCAGUGAGAUGAUCGAUCCAGCCAAGGAUCCAGCUAUCUAUUCAAGCCUGUUGCCUCGACCAGGCAGCAACGACAACUCUUGGGAAAGUUUAAUCGAGAUAACGAAAACCUCGGAAACAUCGAAGUUGCAACAAUUGGUCGACAACAUCGAACACAAGCUUACCGAUCCUAACCAGUGCGUUAUCUGCCACAGAGUGCUGUCCUGCAAAAGUGCAUUGCAGAUGCAUUACAGGACCCACACCGGCGAACGUCCGUUUAAAUGUAAGAUUUGCGGCCGUGCGUUUACUACUAAAGGCAAUCUGAAAACGCACAUGGGUGUGCACAGAGCGAAGCCGCCUCUGCGAGUGCUUCAUCAAUGCCCCGUCUGUCACAAGAAGUUUACAAACGCACUGGUUCUACAACAACACAUACGUUUGCACACAGGCGAGCCAACGGAACUCAGUCCGGAACAGAUACAAGCCGGUGAGGUGAACGAGUUUCCACCGGGUUAUCCUCCGCAUCCAUUGGCAUCGUUCCUCCCACAAGGCUUUCCACCGAUUCAUCCCGCAGGAGCGGGAUUUCCACUGGGCUUUCCGCCGAAAUUGGAGCUCAAAGAAGAAGUUCAACAACACCAACACCAACAACAACACCAGCAACAUCAGAGGUACACCGAGGAGCAUAGCGAGGAGGCGGAGGACCAGGAGGACGAUGAAGAAGAUCGGAGGGAAGACGACGAACGGUGUCAUGUAAAUCGUGAUAUUCGCGGUGAUGUAGAGGACGAGCAAGACCGCGAAAGCGAAGAGAACGAACACAAAGAAAUGUCUUUGCCGAAUUUUUCUACUUCCCUUGCCGCUCUCGAGAACCAAGUGCGAACUAUUACCACGAUAGCUACUUCGACCGUCGGAAAUACAGCCAGGUCACCACCUUUUCAUCGAUACAAUGGUAGCGAGAAAAGUAACAGUCCGCUGAACCCUGGUGCACCCUUAGACUUGACGCCUCGCGCAUCGUCGACACCAGCUACAGUGGCAUCAGUGCCUACACCACCGCCGCAGACCGCGACACACCAUCCGCACCCCUUCGGCAUGUUCGCAGGCCUCUUGCAAGCAGUCUCCUCGUCGCCAUCCACGAGCAGCAUAGGAUCCUCGAGCGUAAAUAGUGUCAGUUCAAUGAACGCCAUCACUCCGGGAUCAGGCGCUGCUGGACCUCUGGCAUCGCUUACCACGUCAGCCGUACUGGCUGCCACAUCCACCUACAACCCGCUCGGUCUAGCUGUCGGAGGGCCAGCAGUGCGUGGAAACACCACAUGUAAUAUCUGCUACAAGACAUUUGCGUGCAACUCCGCGCUGGAGAUCCAUUACCGGAGUCACACGAAGGAGCGACCUUUCAAAUGCACCAUAUGCGACCGAGGCUUUUCCACGAAGAACGACGGUUCCGGUCAGCAAACAUGCAACUGUACAUCUCAACCAUUGCCCGAUAAUAGUUCGAUCACUUCACCCGAUUCCCAAUAUCAAACAUCGUGCGCCAGUAAUCGAGAGAAACCAAAACGGAGGCGGCGGCGGCCUGAGGAACGGAAGAACCGGGGGCGGAGAGGAGCCGGAGGGGGGCGGGGGCUGACACCUGUCUAUCCUGCCAUCCGCCUACCCCCGCUGAUGUCACCCGCCCUCGGACUUCUACCCUCGGCGCACAGCCUCCUGGGGAACAUGAAACAGCACAUGCUAACACACAAAAUCCGCGACAUGCCGCCUCAUCUGUUCAGCGACUCGAAGCAGCAACUCCAACAGCAGUCACAGGAGCAUGAAACCUCGAGGAGUCCUAUGUGCGCUGAAGACACGGGCCUGCCACCACCUCCUCCGCCACCGCCGCCUCCUCCACCGAUGCCUCCAACAUCAAUAGAACAAACCAUUUCGGUGAAGAGAUCUCCGUCUGAAGGAGAUCUGCCCGCACCAAAGAGACCAGCCAGCGUGCCGAGCAAACACUUGUGCCAGAUUUGCAAUAAGAAUUUCUCCUCAUCUUCGGCGCUCCAGAUCCAUAUGAGAACUCACACAGGCGACAAACCGUUCCGAUGCACCGUCUGCCAGAAGGCAUUCACCACCAAGGGCAAUCUCAAGGUACAUAUGGGCACUCAUAUGUGGACCAACGGAGCCUCCCGACGAGGCCGUCGAAUGUCCCUGGAUCUGCCUCCCCUACCCAUCACACCCAAGGACUCGGAGUUUCUCCAACGGCGACCGGAUCUCUUCUACCCGUAUCUACCCGCGCCGUUCCUUAACGGCGUACAACAGAAAUUGAACGAGAUCUCGGUGAUUCAAAGUAACAACGGGUUACCGGGCCAUUCGGUGGCUACCGGAAAGUACGCAGGCUUGUUCGGCUCCGUGUACGCAGCCGGAGCUGGAUUUCCCAUGGACAAGCAAUCCAUGGCGCCGAGUAGUAACGGGCCACUGAUCGACGGGAAAUCUUCGAUUCCAUCCGGAUCCAUGCUCUUUCAGACGUCAUCACCGUCCCAUUCUCCAGGCACACCGUCGUCGAAUGGUGGGAAUCAAAACUCUGCUAGUGUUCCCGCGUGGACAGGCGAUAAUCUUCAGCAUCACUACGACAGAGAGCCUACAAACGGGUCGGAGAGCAACUCCGCACCACCAUCUGCUCGACUUCCACCGCCACCGGCGUCUAGAGGCGAAGGCUUAGCCACGUGA